CGCACUCCCUUCAAACACCUCGCUUUUCCACAGAAAAACACAUAAAACUGUGAAAAAUAUCACAAAAAACCAUUAACUAACAACCAUUAGUGUUAUAACAGUGAAAAAAUUACACAAACCAUGUGAUUUUAGUGUUUAAAACAUUCCUUCAUAAUCCAACAUGGCUGAUGAGUGUAAAGUGAAAUUGUUCUAAGGAAUUGAGAUUUGUUCGAGAAACUUUUCGACUAAUAAAAGAUGCGGCGGUGUGACGCGAGCUGGUGCGCUGGCUGAGCGACCAUGGAGUGCUGGUGGCUGCUCCUGGCGGCUGUGUUGGCGGCCGCGAAGGCGCAGAACAACAGGAAUGACGGCCCUAGAUUCCUGUCUCGGGGACAUUCGUUCAGGACUGUUGUUGGAGACACACUGCUGCUGCCAUGUCAGGUGCAGAACCUGGGUUCGCUGGUGUUGCUGUGGAGGAGAGGUCCUGCAGUGCUCACGGCUGCGAGCCUCAUGGUGACGAGGGACGAGAGAUUCAGGCUGGUUGAUGGUUACAACUUGCAGAUCACAGACGUCGGGCCGCAGGAUGCAGGAGAUUACGUCUGUCAAAUAUCAGAUCGAGUGGCAAGAGACCAAGUGCAUACGGUAGAGGUGCUCGUGCCUCCAAGUGUUCGCGCGUCCCCCGAAUCUCGGCAUGCAACCGCGCGCCGCGGCGGCGCCACUGUGCUCGAAUGUCGCGCGGCCGGCAAUCCCGUGCCGUCUGUCACUUGGCACAAACUGAAUGACAGCAGUACGCGGCUGGGCGAAGGUCCUCAGCUCCAGCUCUCCCGCCUGGAGCGGCACCACAGCGGAGUGUACGCGUGUACUGUUGACAAUGGGGUCGGCCCCCCGGUGGUGACGGAGUUUCAGCUGCAAGUGCUUUACCCGCCAGAGAUCACAGUGGAGAGGUCCUGGGUGCACACCGGAGAAGGAUUCAGAGCUGAGCUUCUUUGUACUGUGCUUGCAGAUCCCCCAGCAGAGGUAUCGUGGUACCAGAACUCGUUUCCUCUGAGCGCGUCGGAGCGCGUCACCAUGUCGGCCCGGGGGAACAACCACACGCUGCUCAUAGCCAAUGUGCAGCCUGAAGACUUCGGCAAUUACAGCUGCGUGGCGGACAACAGCCUGGGUCGCGCGCGGCAGCACGUGGAGGUGUCAGGCCGGCCCGGGCCUGCGCGCUUUACCUCGCCUCCGCUAGCGCGCUCCAACACCGUCUACACGCUGGCCUUCGCCGUGGACAGCUACCCGCCGCUGGACGAGCUGCGGCUGCUGUACCGGCAGUUGGCGAUGAACGAGACGUUCCAGCAGCCGGGGCGGUGGCACGACGUGGUGCUGCCGCCGCCGGAGUCGCGCGGCGCGCUGACGCACCGCGUGGCGCACGAGCUGCGUGGGCUGCAGCCCGCCGCUGUGUACGAGGCCAUCGUGCAGGCCAAGAACAGAUACGGGUGGAAUGAGGUCAGCGAUAUCUUCCAGUUCCACACGCUAGGCGGCCCACACUCGGCGCACGCGGACGAGCUCACCCCAAUGUUCUCCGCCGCGCCCAAAAUCCAACUGACGUCCCUCACCUGUGUUCUAGCUAUUUAUGCCGUCGUCUCCCGCCUUCACAGCCAACCAGCGUUCCAAAUUUAAUAAUAGCUUACUUGUGUUGCCAUUCGAAAAACUUUCUACCAUACUACCAUUUGGUAAUUUAAUCGUAAAACGAUUGUAACACCAAUGAUGUUUUAUUAUAAGCUUUUGAAGUGUUGUGACAGCGUUUAUAGACUGUUUCCCUAGCUGAUAUGACAUGUUGAUUGUUCGAGGCAGAUGUUCUGAAAUAUUAGUAUUACAAAGCUUUACUGGACAUAAAUAGAUUUUAUCGAAUAUCAUUCAAAAAUAAAUAACAAAUGACGUCGCGUAGUUUGAAUAGGUUGACGAUUCCCUAUGUUAGAGUCCUCUAUGAAGUCUUAAUGUUUCUAAGUAAUGAUGAAAAUAGCCGUUAUGGGCUAUUUGACUCAUUUUGUUCUUUUAUAAAAAUUUAUAUCAUAUUAAUUCUAAACAAAAAGAAUUAUUAACAUCCGGUUAAAAAUCAACAAGUUAUAAGCUUUUGAGCUUCGGUAGAAGGUGUGUCAAGAAACUUGAAAAGAAGCGCAAUAUGCACAAGUGACGUCAUCGGAAAUUAUGCGCGCGUGAAAGAAUGAGAUGGAGCGAUAUCCCCACCACGCACAUUGCAUUAUUUGAAAUAUGAAUUACUGGCUUAUUUCUUAACCAAUUUUGAUGCAGUUUUAACAGACGGGGCUCCAUUUUUUGUGUUAUUUGCUGUAACAUAUAGAAAAUAUACAAAAUCAAACGUAGGAAUAUACCCUAUUCCCAAUACUAAAAAUUAUUUCAUACCAUUACAGUUUAAAUAUGACUUCUUGGAAGAUCUUUUACGUUGCUUUAUCAUAUAAUGUGACUAUAUUUAGGUAUUGAACAUAAAAUUUAACCUUCCUUCAUACUGCGUCAUAAUUUAUUAUAAACGUAAUAAAACAUU